CGACAAUGAUGGAAGUUAAAUUCAUUAUCCUGAUUGCUCGAUGAUAGACCAUGGCCGACUCCGAAUCUGUCAUUUCGGCUUCGGACGAGUCGAAAGCAGGGUCGGUACCGCCCAGUCAAGAUGGUACACGACCACAGCGGAACGAAAUUAAUCAACAAACGUCGUCGUCGCCGGUUCUUAGCACUACAUCUAGUUUGAAGAAUGUAGUUUUGCACCGGAGGGAAAGACCAACUGAAGAUGACGAGUCGAUAGCUUCGUAUGAAUCAUCACAACAAGCGUAUAUGGAAGAUGGGGUCACCAAGUCAAACUUUCCUCUCUCGAAACGAGAGAAGAAGGCGAUACUCAGGAGGAAAGGUGGCUCAGCCGACGAGGAACUGCUCAUAGACACCACGGAGGCCCUCACCCUGAACUCGAAGAAGACGGCACGUUUGCAGAAGAAGCAAGAAAAGAAACAAUCGCGCACCAAAGUCCACUCGCACAUCCAGUCCUUUCUCGAUUUCCCUCCGGAGAUCCUGUCGCUCAUUUUGGGUUUCCUCCGCCCGAGCGACGUUUUUGGUCUGGCCCGACUGAACCGUUUCAUGCGCGACUUCAUCCUCGAAAACGAGAGGUCGAUCGCCGAGCCCAUCAUGGCCCGACGCUACUGGGUGCUGAGACAGUGUUUUCCUUUGCCCGUGUUGUUGGAACACGUCCCCCCAACGGCACGCCCUGUCCUCCUCAGCCCUCAGUGGCAGGACCGAAUCAAGAUCCACCGAAACCCGUACCAGCACAUCAAACAGGUCGACCCGGAGAUCAUAUGCACGUGCAUGAGUUGUCUCUUGGCUUGGAACAACCUCAACAUCGUCCUGGAUCUCGCCCACUGGCAGCGCAACUUUGAAAACAGAGAACCUUUGCCCAUCAUCCCUCGAGGCAAGAAUCCCGAGUGGAACACCAAGCUCCUCUCCUGCAAUGCCGAUAUCGUGGUCAGAGCCGUCCACAGUCCGCUGGCGCACGCACGAAUCCUACAGACCCACCUCAACGUGACCACGCGCACCAUCGUCCGGUCCGCGAGGUGGCGAAAGAAGGGCGAGAAGACCACCACACCAAAGCCGCGACUGUACCAUCUCACGGACGACGAAGCCGAGACGGGAACGGAUGAGUAUCUGGAAAGGAGCGGUCCGCCGUCGUACCAGCCCAUCUACAUGCGGGACAACUAUUACAACGUCGAGGCGUUUGUGCCCAACAGAAAAUGGGACAAGGAAAGCCAGAGAUGGCAUUAUUACUCCAAGUGGCCGAAGCCACACGAGAACGAUUUGGCCUGGCUCGUUGCUCGAUUUUCUUCGUAUCAGGUUCGGGUUCAGGCUCAAAAGCAACCAGCCACACAACCACUACCGAAUUGGGGAUCGUCAAGCUGACCUUGAUUGAAAGAUACAGUACUUCCUGUACAUCUACAUGGAAGCUCACGAUCUGUUCAACAUAUUCAGUGCACGACUAGACCGCCGUCGACUAGUUUGUGACUUGGUUACACUUGAACAAAAAAAGCCCAUAACACAGAUGGUACCUUCAUGAUGACUCAACAUCCCAUUCAAUCACCUCACCUUGUCCACUCAACCAGGGUUUACAUGCAUGCCAAAGUCUCUGCAACUCUCCGUUCCCAAACUCAAGUAAUCUCUCCGAAGCCUGCUCGUCAACACGUUGGAACCAAGCGAGGAAUGCCACGACGAUGAAAUCUGGAUAACUCGGCACAUCACCGUUUAUGAAUGGACCUCCUCCUUUACCUUUAGACAACAUGUUCGUGAUCGACUCCAACUCCCGGGUCAUUUCUACCCACAAUUGUGUCGCCUCUGUUUCCGACUUGGGUCCAAGCUCAUCCAAGGCCUCGACUCCGAACCACGUGGUCCUUGUGUCGACAAAGUAUUUCCUCCCGCGUUCGUCCAAAACUUUGGGAACUCGAGGCAAAAUCAGCCUCCUCGCAACCCCCACGGCACGAGUGAUGCACCGCUGCACCUCUUCAGUUUGCUUGUCACUCUGUUGGAAGGGGAACAAGACCUUCCAAUUGGGCGGGGGGAAACAAGUGUCUAGCGCCCGCGCGAUGGGGAGUGUCCCACAGACAGCCCUUGACGCUUCAUAGUCGAGCUUUCCUUGUAAGGCCAGAUUGAGCAGGAAACUACCUGUGGUUUGAAGGGACUCAUGGUUUUCAGGAACGGUCUCGAUGAGGAUCACGGGAAGUGUGUACUUCGGUGAAGAUUGUGUCUGGCCACGGUUCUGGGUGGCGGGCAAACCUAGGUCUGCAUAGAGGGCCUUGAUGUCGGCAUAGGAGAUGGCAGACUCUGUGUAGUCGAUGCGCUUGUAGUUCAGGGACAGGCGGGUCCGGAUGGUAUUGGGUGAGAACGGUCCGACUAGAGAUUUGAUGUCGAAGAAAUGGACACGUGGUGGACGUGUGAGUUUGCCGAAUAGACGAGUGAAUGGUGGCAUUUGGUAUAGAGUAUUCUUGCCAGGCUGACAAGAUGAAGAGGUCUUGUCUGCCUGGGUACUUGGAAAUCCGUCUCAAGAGCCUCCAGCUUGCCAAG